UCAUGCAGGCUGAGGCUGGCCGCCUGAGAAGAGCCCCUUGACCUUCCGGCCGAACGACUUGAUUUUGUGCAGCACGCCCUUCUUCUUCUCGACCUGCACCCAUCCACGCAGGCACAUAAAGAGGAUGGCUCCACAUGUGUCGUGUGCGUGCGGCUGACCUUGGGUAGUUCGGGCAUGGCGAUUGGUGGCUGCGUCUGGGCCGCACGCAGCGACCUCUGACGCUCCUGCAACACCUUCAGCUCGGCACACGGCUGCAUAUCACACACACAGAGACAGAGACAGCCCAGCCAGCGGCUACAUCAUGAUGCGUGUGCCGUGUGUGUGUGUGUGUGUGUUCUACCUUGUCUUGUGUUUGAGGGUUGGCCAGCUCCUUUGCCGCCUGGUCGCUCUCGUCGGGGAUUGUGUGCAGCAGGGCGGCUGGUGGGAUGGCCUGCACAAUCAACUGACCGUCACGCCCUUCGCUCACUGACACAAAGCACACACACACACACACACAGACACGUGGCGCGUCUCUUGCUUUCCUUCGGUCUCUGUCUGUGUGUGUAAUGGAUGCCUGCUUUUAGUUGGCACGAGUGAGACGACGACAGCCGAUUGUUUGGUGGCAGUGAUUGGGUUUGUUGCGACGAGCGCUCGGAGGUCUUGAAUGUCAGCGGCCAGGUCGGUGAGCUCUCGGUCGGCCUGUGCCCUGGCGACGGUGGCGGGCGACACCUCGCCACGCAGCUCGGCCGUGCCUCGCAAAGCCUCCACCAGCUUCUCCUUCUCCUCCACCUGCAUGGCAUUGCAUUGCAUACACGUGGUGGAAGGAUCGAAGACAUCGUAUACACACACAGAGCAGAGACGUGAAGCAAAGCAAAGCAAUCAACUCUCUGUCUGUCUGUCUGUCUGUCUGUUGUGUGACCUCAGCAGCGGUCUGUGCCACCUUUUCGUGCAGUCGUCGCUCCUUCUCGUCGUAAUACUCUGCACACAUCGACAACCACACACACAUAAUCACACAAAGCAGGUGUGUUCGUCCACUCACCCUCUUCUUGUGGUGGCAGUUUGGUCUCGGCGGCAGGUGCAGUGGCGACAACAGGCACGGGCGGGGCGGAGGGGGCGCUGGGCUGCUGGGCGGGAGGGGCGAGCAGCUUCUCAACGAGACCAGGCACCAACCGAUGGGAGCCACCGCACGCAGGCUGGAGACUGACGAGGAGACCAACCACCACCGUCACUGGCCAGCCGACACGCACGGAGGCCGUCAUCGUCAU